AAAUCAGUUGAUCCGGUAUUUUAACCGGAAGUCUUAGCAGAAUUUAGCAAAAAGCUAACGAUAUUUACGUGAUAACUUCGCUGAUAAAAACAAUUCAUUGACAGUGUGUCGACUUUCGCUUUCUAGAUGGAGAAUUUUUAUUUUAGUUCUUAAUUAAAAAAAUAAGUUGGCGCGUUCUGCAUUCGGGAAAACGCCGUUUAACAGUUAAUGUUUGUGCUAAUGCUCAUAUGUAAAAUUGAUUGUUACACGUUUGAAAGUCUGAACGUUGGUUCUGGACAUUUCUUCACCCACUUCAGUCUGCGGAAGACCCUGGCUUGUUGCCAUUACUUCAUAGAUGAAGAUGUCCCUAGCUCAGCGAGUUCUCCUCUCCUGGAUCUUUGCCUUGAUAUUCCUUAUCAUGCUGGUCCUCAAGCUGGACUCCAAAAUCCAUUGGAAUUGGUUUCUAAUCUUUCUUCCUGUCUGGGCCUUUGAUACCAUCCUUAUCCUAAUGCUGAUUGUGAACAUGGCUGGACGCUGCAAGGCGGACUUUGACCCCCGGGAUGGUGAGCAGAGCCUGAAGAGGAGGAUCUGGUACCUGAUAGCCCUGUUGUUGAAGCUGGCUUUCUGUCUGACACUCUGCUCCCUUCUGGAAAGCAUCGCCAGCGUGUUGGUCAGUGUUGUGUGCAUCCCUCUUUGGGUGCUAAUGGGUGGAGCACUGGUGGAGCUGGGACACAGUGUUUUUCACAGCAGAAGAGAUUGAACUUCACUUAAAAAAAUCUCAUGAUUGGAGAAUAAUUUAUAAUAUUUAAGCCUCUGACUGCUGAUGCAUAACCGAAGGACAAUUAUUUACCAAAUAUUAUAAAUCCUGUUGUUUACUGCCUGUGAGGAAGUGACUGCAAGCUGCAGAUUUAGUGGGCUAGGUGUCCCACUGAGUUCUACACAUUGGAAAUAUAUAUAUAUUCCCCCAACAAUGGGGACUAAAUGGUAUUUUCUGCUGGAAUUGGUCCUAAUUUAAAAGUUUUAAAAACAGAUUCACAUGGUUUGGUGUAUAAAUUAUUUAAAUGAAGUUAGUUUAGUGGUUGUAGCUGGUCAUGGUGCAGUUUGUAGACUAGAUGUACCAUUUGGACUCUGAUGUCUAUAGUGUUUGUAAGUCAGAUCUACCACUUUCAGAUUUGGACGAUCUAAUUUUCUUCUCUAAAGCUAUAAUUCAGAUGGAGCAGAACUCUACUAUGCAUUCAUAAUAAAACUUUUACAUCUCCAAAAC